CUUUCUUUCUCUCUCUCUGGCUCGCAGAGCUGAUAGCCGUUCCCGCCCUUCUCCGAUCACAGCUGUGACUUCCGGUGGUUCUUCCGGCGAGGCUACUCCGACGUCGACGGGCGGCGCUGGAACUGGCUUGGGUGUGCGAGAGGCGGCUGCCGCGUCCGACUAAUCUACAAGCCCGCCGUUGCUGCUUCUGCUCGACAAUCCCCUUGGCUCCGGCGCCUGGUUCUGGUGACGACAGCGCCGCCGCCGCCAUUUCCGCCUUCACCGAGCUGCUCGUCUGGUUGCUGCUUUGACCCACACGCCGCCCCUGUGCCCUAUUCCAACCGCCCGACGCUGCUGCUGGUUCUCUUCUUCUUCCUCCCUCCGCCCCUGUGCUGUUCUGCUCUACCUUCUCGGAUCGCUGCUGCCCCAGCUCACCUCUGCCAUAACUGAGCUAGCUAAAUUUGGUCCUAAGGCCAAUCUUGGAGUCUCCAUCUUUCCAAGCAGCUCAAGCUGCUACUGCCCUCACUGAGUCAUCGGCGUCGCCCAGCUGCUCUUCUCACCAAGCUACUGCUGCUGUCGGGCCAGGGUGUGGCUAUGCUAGCCUUGACCAGAUCGGGCCGGAGGCCUAAGAGUGCGGGCCAGGUUUGGGUUCUCAAGUACCCACGCUGGUCUGGCUCAUUGCCAUUCUUGCCAGUAUCUUGAGAAUAACGAGGUCUCUGCUGCAGCUGGGCACCAAGCAGUGAAGUCUACAACCGGUGCAAUUGACGAGCACGGACGGAGCUGAAAGAAAAGGGAAGAAUGAACAGCCCAACACGCCAUGAAGAAGAAGAUCAGGGUGAGGUCUUUCUGGAUGAGUCCGACAUCAUUCAUGAGGUCGAAGUCGACGAGGAAGAUCUUCCUGAUGCGGAUGAUGAAGAAGAUGCAAUCGAUGAAGCUGAUGAUUCUGUGCACAUAUUUACUGGUCAUACUGGCGAACUCUACACUGUUGCAUGCAGCCCAACAGACGCAGCUUUAGUAGCAACUGGAGGUGGAGAUGACAAGGGCUUUCUUUGGAAGAUAGGUCAAGGAGAUUGGGCAGUAGAGAUCCAAGGUCAUAAGGAUUCUGUUUCUAGUCUGGCCUUCAGUAAUGACGGGCAGUUGCUUGCAUCUGGAAGCUUUGAUGGGCUUAUUCAGAUAUGGGACGUGUCUUCAGGAAAUAUUAAAGGAACACUUGAAGGACCAAGCGGGGGCAUUGAGUGGGUCAAGUGGCAUCCCAGGGGACACUUAGUGUUGGCUGGUUCGGAGGAUGCAACUGUUUGGAUGUGGAAUGCUAAUAAAAGUGCCUAUCUCAAUGUUUUUUCCGGUCAUAGUAGUAGUGUCACAUGCGGAGAUUUUACCCCCGAUGGUAAAACAAUUUGUACUGGCUCUGAUGAUGCUACUCUACGGAUUUGGAACCCUAAGACUGGUGAAAACAUUCAUGUUGUAAGAGGUCAUCCAUAUCAUACUGAAGGAUUGACAUGCUUGACUAUAAGUUCUGACUCGACUCUUGCCAUUACUGGUGCAAAAGAUAGUUCUGUUCAUAUCGUGAAUAUAGCAAGUGGGAAGGUCGUGAACUCCCUAUCUGCUCACUCCGAUUCCAUUGAAUGUGUGGGGAUUGCACCAAGCUCACCUUGGGCUGCAACGGGAAGCAUGGAUCAGAAGCUUAUUAUCUGGGAUCUGCAGUAUUCAUCACCACGCGCCACCUGCGAUCAUGAGGAUGGAGUAACUUGCUUGACAUGGUUUGGGACGUCCAGAUUCUUGGCAACAGGUUGUGUGGAUGGCAAGGUUCGGGUGUGGGACAGCCUCUCUGGUGAUUGUGUGAGAACCUUUAGCGGCCAUUCUGAUCCCAUUCAGUCGCUAUCUGUUUCUGCAAAUAAGGAUUUCCUUGUUUCAGUUUCACUUGAUAGAACUGCCCGAGUUUUCGAGAUUGCAGAGUUCCAGUAAAGGCGAAAAAAGCAUUGGGGGUUUUCUUCGAACAGCAGAGAGUAGGGCAUCGUUCCCUUGUUUGUUAAACCCUAUAUCCCUGAGAAUGUAGAAGAUUGUUUAUAAAAGUUGCUGAGAACAAGCUACUAGAAUCAGCACGGGAUGUCACAUUUGCAUUUGAUGGUGUGUGUUGCACGAUACGUUCCCGUUUUAUGCGAUGCUUUUGAUUUUUUUUAGGA